AUGCAGGUUGAUUCGUCAACAACAAUUGCUUCAUCAACAUCAGCAUCCGCUGCGAUAUCCUCUGGCAAGCCAUGGUCAACUGUUGCUAAUGUUUCUCGUCCAGAUAUUUUGUAUCCCACUACUUGUCUGGAAACUUUGCCAACAGUAACCACUCUAACUUGUCAUCAAGGCAGUAGAUACAUGUUACCAACAGCACUUGUUGACGUUCGCAACACUCAAAAUAGAUAUGUUACAUGCAGUGUCCUUCUUGAUAGUGCGUCGGAACUAAGUUAUAUUUCGGAGCGAUGUGCUCGGGCCCUUGGUGUACCUCGUUCACCUUCCCGUAUUGCUGUGUCUGGAAUUUCUUCUGUUAAGGCCGAGACUACAUGUGACUGUUGUACACUCUAUAUGAAAUCAAAGGUUUCCCAGGACACACCAGAUGUAAGUGUUCAUGUCUUGAGCAAGAUUACAUCAGCAAUUCCUACGUCACAAAUCAAUACUCCUACUAUGGAGCAACUCAAGGACUUGAAUUUUGCAGUUUUUAAUGCUUCAUCACCGAUUGGUAUUUUGCUUGGUGUUGAUCAAGUUUGGAAAAUAUUUACUUUUAACAAUAUUUUCGACUCCUCUGGUAAUCCUAUUGCUGCAUCAAUAAUAUUUGGAUGUGUGGUGACAUCAGUUCAGGCAUCAAUAGAUAAUGUAGUAUCGGCUUUUGUAACUACGAUUGAUAUAGAUCGCUCGCUUCCAAAAUUUUGGCAAAUCGAAAAAGCCUUACAUCCGUUGCCAUUAGACGCAAAAAACGUUCACGUAGAAACUCAUUUUUUAGAAACGCACGCACGACACUCUGACGGCAAAUAUAUUGUGGAGCUUCCAUUCAGGGAAAAAGGUAUCAAAUUCGGAAACACGCUUCAAGGGGCUACAUUAAGGUUUAAUGCUGUUGAACGUCGCCAACUGAGGGACAGUCACCUUCGUAAGCAAUAUAUUGAGUUCAUGAAUAAAUAUACUCGUCUGGGACACAUGCGGGAACUUAAGUCUGAUGAAGUUGUUGCCAGUGAUAGCCACAGUUUUUAUAUGCCGCAUCAUCCAAUAAUUAAACCAAAACUACACGUUGUCUUUGUCCGCUUAUUUCAAGAUACCAGCGGAGUUUCACUUAACAGUACGUUGCAUACAGGUCCAAGUACACAACCAAAUUUAUUUGAUCUUUGCCUUCGGUUUUGUCUACAUAAAUAUAUAUUCUCUGCUGAUAUAGUAAAAAUGUUCCGUCAGAUUUGGGUAUCAGAAAAUCAUCGAAAUUAUCAGCGAAUUGUUUGGAGGGAAGAUUCAUCAGAAAAACUAAAAUAUUUCAUAUUAUGUACAGUUACUUAUGGUACAUCAUGCGCACCAUUUCUCUCUGUGAGGGUCCUCGAACAGCUUGCAAAGGAUCAUCAAAGAAGAUACCCUCUCGCUGCGAAAAUUAUUCUUGAAGAUUUUUGCGUUGACGAUGUCAGUCCAUGA